AUGGCCAAGAAGGCUAAACAACGGGUUUCCUAUGUACUCCCUCUUGACAACUCCCCAAAUGGACAUCGUUUGGGAGUCAAUGGGUUGGCUGUGGACCCUGAUCGAUCUAUUCUCUAUUCGGGGGGAAGAGGUGGCACAGUAUGCGCAUGGAACCAGAACAUCGAUUUAAAGAGCUCAAGAGACAACCCCUUUGAUUCGCCUGAUGACCCUCCGUCAGCGCCCAGUUCCAAAUCUAAGCAUCCAUCCAGUUUCCGUAUCCAGACGCAGGCCCACACCCACUGGGUUAACGAUCUCGUCCUUACAGACAACAAUACAGCCGUGGUAUCAGCGUCUUCCGACUUGACUGUGAGAGUAUGGAGGCCACUGUCGGAGGAGCAAGAGGCGCCACAGACAAUUGGACAACACGCCGACUAUGUCAAACGUCUUGCGACUCCGAAUGCGCAGGCAGACUGGGUGGCAUCUGGGGGGCUUGAUCGAAAGAUAUUCCUUUGGGAUCUAAAUGGAGCGGGCAAGAAGCUCGAGAUUGAGGUUGGAGAUGAAGAGAAGAGUGAGAAAGGCUCGGUAUACGCGCUGAGCACCAGUCGAACUAUACUUGCAAGCGGAGGUCCAGAAUCUAUCGUGCGACUUUGGGAUCCGAGGUCUGGCAAAAGGAUCACUAAAUUUGUUGGCCAUACCGAUAACAUCCGAGACAUUUUGAUCAACGAAUCUGGUGACACGAUUAUGACUGCUAGCUCUGACCAGACCGUCAAGGUCUGGAGUGUUACCGGAGGCCGUUGUAUGCAUACAUUGACUAUGCAUAACGACAGUGUAUGGUCACUCUUUUCCGACGACCCGCAACUUGGUACAUUCUACAGUGCGGAUAGGUCGGGGCUGGUUGUUAAGACCGAUGUUAGAGGAACAAUGGGUGAGAUGGAUGACGGCCUUUCCCUAGCUGUCGCUCAAGAAACCGAGGGCGUUAAUAAAGUCAUUGUGUGUGGAGAUUAUAUCUGGACUGCAACCUCAAGUUCCUCUAUAAAUCGCUGGUCGAACGUCGAUACCGGUCCCGACAUCCAGUUACCAGAAGCCUACAGACGACAUCGGGCAUCGAGCUCGGCUUCGCGUUCUGGUAGUUCUCCGCCUGCUACCAAUGGCCACUCAAAAAAACGAGAGAUACCUGCACAGUCCAUCUUGAAGAUUUCAAAUACAGCAACUUUCCCAGUGGCUGCAGCAAGAGAAUUGGACACUAAUGCCUCCGCUAUUUCGGCAUUGACCCAUGCGCGAAAAGGAUCUGAGAUAAUCGUAGAUCCAGAUAUCGGUGUUAUUGUUCCAAUUAACGCCCUGCCGGAAGAUACAAUUGAAGGCCAGCAUGGCUUAGUCAAACACAAGCUACUUAAUGACCGUAGGAGGGUUUUGACGCUGGAUACAGCAGGUGAUGUCCUUCUGUGGGAUUUGCUGCAGUGCAUCCCAAUUCAAUCGUUUGGGAAAAGGCAUCUCGAGGACGUGGAACCCGAAGUCAACACGGUUGAAGCAGUUGCUCCUUGGUGCUCAAUAGAUACUCGCACAGGGCGGCUGGCCGUAGUGCUGGAAGAAUAUAAUUGCUUCGAUGCAGAGAUGUAUGCAGAUGAAUUCGAGCUAGAAGAGCCAAUCGAAUUCCGGGAUGACCAAAGAAUCAACCUUGGGAAAUGGAUACUGCGAUAUCUCUUUGCUAAUCUUAUCGAUGAAAUGAUCAAACAGGAUGAAGUAUAUCGGGGAGAGCUCUUCGAAAAACAACAAAAGAACACGCGUGCAAUUCCCCCGAGUUCGAUUCAGAUACCUUCCUCUACAAUGGGAAGCUGGCCAGAUCGUACGGCUGCAUUGACACCACGAGCCAAUGGCGUCCCCUAUCCAAUGACCCCUGGUAUGAGCAUCGGAGUUGCAACACCCGCAGUUAUGCAUCUGCCAGGCGUUCCCGAAGGUGGCGCGGCUCUUGAUAAGAAGUCAUCACAGACAAGCCGCGCUUCAGGUGACAAGUCUGGUGAUUAUUUCUCUAGCACACAGAUAUCCCCGGACGAAGCUGCGAAGCCGUUACUUCCGGCGACCUCUGUCGAGCCGACGGACGACAAACUCCCGAAAUCUCCUACAGAACCUGAUAAGGAGAACAAUGGAAAGGUCUUUGGCAAGAAGUUCCGCAUGGGAAUGUCUUUUGGAGGCAAAAAGCUUGGACGUUCCGCAUCGACAAACAUAGAGAAACCAGUCGUUGUGGAUGAGAAAGUAGAUGAUGGUUCAGAAACGUCGGAGAGCGGUGACAAAGAGAAAGAAUUCGAGGAUACUUUCCUUGGCAUAGUCGAGAGAAUCAGAUACGGGUAUGAGAAGGCACUGAUUGAAAACCCUGAUAAGCAGCCCGAUAGUGAAAUCACGCCAACUCUGCCUAAUGAGACUCCCGUACUUAAGCCUCCGCCAAUGACUACGGUUAUUAUUCAGGAGGAGACAUCCGGUGGGAGUGCGGAUCUGUACCGAGGGACGGUUGGUACAGUUGGGGAUGAUGCGAGUUUGAUAGAACAAAGAGCUCCCAUGUGGCUUGGUGAUCUACUUCUGAGGAACAAAAUCCCCUUGAAGGAACCUGUUAAGGUCUCUUUCAUCUUGCAACCCUGGCAGGACCUCCUUCCUAGUAUUGCUGGUCCAGACGGAAACUCUCGUUUGAACGCAAACAGAAUGCUCCGCGUCAAGAAAAUCCUAGCAUACGUCGCUGAGCGCAUUGAGGCAGCUCCAGAGCAGCCGGACCCCGAUGCUCUUAAGCCGGAAGAGUAUCUUGAGCUCUACUGUUAUGACCAAAAAUUACCGGUUGCUAUGACUCUCGCGACUCUCCGAGCUCAUAUUUGGAAGGGAGGUGCGGAUGUGAUGUUGUAUUAUAAGAGCAACGGGAGAAAGCCAAUUCGCUUUGAGCAGAAGCCGGAGGCUGAACCUGGAACCGUGACCCCGCCCGCGCAAGCUACAGCAUGA